CAAUUUCAAACAUAGAUGUCGACCAUGUCGACAUAGAUAUCAAAAGUCAAACUUUGACAGGAGUUCGUUAUAUUUGGGACGGUAUAUGGUUGGUUGAAAUUUUUGUUAUCCAGAUCAUUAACAUGUCGAAAUUAGUUUCACAAGCACCAAUUUUAGCAAGAAACCUUCUUGCCCAAGCUCAGCCAAAAUUUCAAACUUUUCUUAAAUACGCCAAAGUGGAGUUAACACCACCUACGCCGGGAGACAUUCCCCAAAUAAGAGCAGGUAUUGGAAGACUCAUACAAGGAUUUAGAACUGGCAAAUGGAAAGAUCUAACAGUUAGAGAAGGUUGGUUAAAUACUCUUGUAACUAUUGAGGUACUUUGCUGGUUUUAUGUUGGCGAAUGCAUUGGAAAACGUCAUAUUGUUGGUUACGAUGUUUAAUAAUUUAUAAUAUGGUAGGAAUUUCAUCUUAUAAAAUAAAAAUUAUCUAGUGGU